AUGCGGUUCACCAAUCGUCCCACCGGAGAACCGAGAGAGAGAUGGGGCAAGUGGCCAUGGGCGGUUAUGAUGUGGCGCGACGGUAAACAUGUGAUGAAGGAGCUUGCUGGGCAGGUUAGGGAUGGAUUGGGAGUCAAGUGGGAAGUGGCCGAGCAUUGGGCGAGAGAUGCAGACACUGUAGGUCUCAAAGUCAUACUGGCAUCGCCAAAUCCAGUAGUGGCAUUCCAUGCCGCCAACAUGCUCCAUCAACUUGUCGCUUUGCCCUCAACUAUCCCAGAAUCGCCGAACAUUCCCUCUUCCAAGACCACGAAUUCGACACCAACAUCCUAUUCUCAUCUGGCUACGUUGCCCUCAAUGAAUGGUCCCGCUGCAGCCUACGCCACUGCCCAUGACAAUCUACUCUUCAACAUCGUCCAAGUAGCGCAAUGGUAUACGGGCCAAGUUGUGACUACAGAUGGAGUGGUCCGGCUGGUCAUACCACCUGUCAGUCUAGACAAGGUAGAUCAGGCGCAGAAGAGGAGAUUAGAUUCGGAGAUUCCGGCGUUUUCGGUAGCAGGAAAGAAGGGUCUGGCGAUCAUCAGACAUAUCAGAAGCACUAUCAAACAUGACGAGACUAGGCGAGUGAUUGUCAAGCAGAAUCAACUCUUCAACAGACUCCUUGGCUUCAUCAUCAUCUUUGUGGGUAUCCAGCCUCAAAGACGCCAAAAGGGAGGGCACAUCGAGUAUGAGAUUGAAUGGUUGAGAUCAUUCAUCGUUCUGGGUGACUUGUCCGGACCCUGUCGAGAUAUGGGAGAUAUUUUCUUUGUUGCUUCCACCAGAUGCUCUGCUACAGAGCAUGUCCCUGGUUGA